UCCUUUCCUAGGCAAACCAAGGGGACAGACGCACCUCGCAUUCAGUGAUAACUGGACUACUCUGGAUGAAAACAUUACCGCGAUUAGGCUAUAUGAAGUUUCUACAUGUUGCGGUAAACUAAUCGUUUUCACAGAAUGGAGCACCCAAGGCACCGUGCUCAAUUUAAAGCGUUUUACAUAAUCUCUCCAACCGCCUGGAUUCGAAGCGCUCUCAUCCUCUGCGCGCUCCCGUCAGUGGCCGUGUCGAAGGACCUACCUCAAUGCAAGGAGACGGACUACUACUUUGAGUACACAGAGUGUGACAGCACGGGGUCGCGCUGGAGAGUGGCCAUCCCACAGACCCAGGGGGAAUGCACUGGGUUACCCGACCCCGUCAGAGGCACAGACUGCACCUUCACGUGUGAGGCGGGGGAGUUCCUGGAGAUGUCAGCGCAGGAGUGCACGCAGUGCGCCGCUGGAACCUACUCCCUCGGCAGCGGCGUCCGCUUCGACGAGUUUGACGACAUCCCCGUCGGCUUCACAAGCGUGGCCACCUACCUGGACAGCGACAACCACGUGGAAACUGAGCUCACCUGUAACGGCUCCUCUUGGGUUGCCCAGGGCAACCAUCUGGAGUCUAACCGGGAUGAGUGCACGGUGUCCCUGAUCUACGCCGUGCACCUGAAGAAGCAGGGCUCCGUCACCUUUGAGUACCAGUACGUGGACAAGAACCUCUUCUUCGAGUUCUUUAUUCAGAAUGACCAAUGCCAGGAAAUGGAUCAGACAUCGGAUAAGAAAUGGAUCAAAAUGACCGCUAAUGGAGAGUGGGGAACACACACAGUCAACCUCAAGUCAGGUGCCAACGUCCUCUACUGGCGGACCACGGGCAUCAUGGUGGGUGCCAAGGUGGUGAAGCCUGUUCUGCUGAAGAAUAUUCAGAUUGAGGGAGUGGCCUACACGUCCGAGUGUUUCCCGUGUAAGCCGGGCACGUUCAGCCAUGAGCCGGGGUCCUCCUCCUGCGAGCCCUGCCCUAGAGACACCUACUCGGGCCACGGGGCCAGCUCCUGCACCUCCUGCAACCAGGACACACACUACUCCUCGGAGGGCUCAGCAGUGUGUAAGGCCAAGCCUCCCUGCUCAAAGAAGGACUACUUUCAGAUUCACACUGCAUGUGACAGCGAGGGCAAGACUCAAAUCAUCUACAAGUGGAUCGAGCCCAAGAUCUGCCUGGAUGAUGUGAAGGGUGCAGUGACACUGCCCCCUUCAGGCGAACGCAAGCCCUGCCCCCCCUGCAACCCUGGUUUCUAUAACAACGACACAGCCACCUGCUCCCCCUGCCCCCAGGGAACGUAUUCUGAAGGGAGCAAAGAGUGCCAGUCGUGCCCAGCUGGCACGGAGCCGGUCCUGGGCUACGAGUACAAGUGGUGGAAUGUGCUGCCCGCCAACAUGAAGACCUCCUGCUUCAACGUGGGAAAUAACAAGUGCGACGGCAUGAACGGCUGGGAGGUAGCAGGGGACCACAUUCGCAGUGGAACGGGUGGCUCUGAUAAUGACUACCUCAUUCUCAACCUGCGCGUCCCUGGCUUCAAGCUCCCGACAUCAGCCAUCGGCAGCACGGGCAACGAGUUCGGCCGCAUCACCUUCGUCUUUGAGACCAUCUGCUCGGCAGACUGCGAGCUCUACUUCAUGAUGGAUGUAAACAGGAAAAGCACCAACGUGGUGGAAUCCUGGGAAGGCAGCAAGGACAAGCAGUCCUACACACACAUCAUGAACGUCAACGCCUCCGUGUCCUACACCUGGGCUUUCCAAAGAACCAAUCAGGCUACAGAUGCGCGGCAGUACGGUAACGACAUGGUGAAGAUCUACUCCAUCACGGUGACCAAUGCGCUGGACGGCGUCUCGUCCGCGUGCCGCGCCUGUGCGCUGGUGUCCCAGCGGUCGGGCUCCUCCUGCGUGCCCUGCCCCGCCGGGCACUACGUCGACACCAACCGCUGCCAGGAGUGCCCGCCAAACACCUACCUCGCCGGGCACCACAUCUACGGCCCAGAGGCCUGCCUGCCCUGUGGCCCUGGCAGCAAGAGCAACAAGGAGCACAGUGUGUGUUACAGUGAUUGCUCGUUCUCCCACGUGGAGCAGAACAAGACGUUUGUGUACGACUUCAGUGCUCUGAACACCGUGGGCUCCAUUAUGAACGGGCCCAGCUUCACCUCCAAAGGGACCAAGUACUUCCACCAGUUCAACAUCAGCCUCUGUGGAGCUGAGGGCCAGAGGGCUGCUGUCUGCACGGAUAAUGUCACCGAUCUGUCCAAUAAGGAAUCACAGAGCGGGGAAGCUGCUGAACUGGCCAGUGCAGUUGAGUCCUUCAUCUGUCAAUCAACCAUAAUCCCAGCAGAUGGGCGGGGCUUCAGGACAGCACUCUCGUCCCAGUCCAUCAGCCUUGCCGACAUCUUCUUAGGAGCUUCCGUGGAGAGUACACUUGAUGGUGUCACUGUCAGGGCAGAUUUGUUCCAGGAGACCUCAAAGAAAGUUCCAGAUGUCAACUUCUUUUACCGUUCCCCUCAGGCCACCGCGUCCUGUGACAACGGGAGACAUGCAGUGGUCACUCUGCGCUGUAACCCUGACAAAUCUGCCCGAGGAGAGCUAUCUGUACCCAGUCAAUGCCCGGCAGGCACCUGUGACGGCUGCACCUUCAACUUCCUGUGGGAGAGUGCCAGUGCCUGCCCACGCUGCACCGAGGCGGAUUACCACGAGAUCGAGGGGGCGUGCAAGGGUGGCGUCCAGGACACACAUUACCUGUGGAAUGAGCCCAGGUUGUGCACAGGGGGCGUGCUGCUGCCGGAGAAGAAGACCUGGCCCUGCGAGGCCAUCGACUUCUGGCUGAAGGUGGGCGCUGGGGUGGGGGCCUUCUGCGCCGUGCUGCUCAUCUCCCUCACCUGCUACUUCUGGAAGAAGAACAAGAGGUUGGAGUAUAAGUACUCGCGCUUGGUGAUGUCGGCCAAUAAGGAGUGCGAGCUGCCAGCAGCGGACAGCUGCGCAAUCAUGGAAGGCGAGGGGGAGGAGAUGGAGGACGAGGUGGUCUACUCCAACAAGCCCUCCCUCCUGGGCAAACUCAAGGCCAUCGCCACGAAGGGUAACGAAGACACCAGCGAAUCGGUCCAGCUCAAGUCUUCCAAGGCAGAGCGAUGGGUGUGGGGAUAAAGAGAGAAGAAAGAAACAAGAUGCCGUGCAAGAGACUGAAGCAGAGGGAGAGAGAGAGAGAGAGGGAGAGAGAGAAGAGAAGAGAAGAAGAGAAGAGAAAACCCAUCAGGGAAGAGAGGAGGGUGGUGAUCUUUUCGAUGGGGCCCCCAAGAAUCAGGAUUUGACUCGGGAAGUUGUACAGAACCUAUCUGGUGGCCUUACAAUCGGGUGAAAGGCGGCACCCAUUCCAAAGGGGAAUAUUUAUGUCAAAUUCUGAUGGUUUCUGCUCAGGAAAUGAAGUGGAAAUUUAAAAAAAGAAAAAAAAAACGUUAUUGAUGAUUUCUAUUGUAUUUUAUUGUGUUGUAUUUGAUUUUGUCACUGUGCAUUUUUUUCAAAUUGUUCUCAAUUGGUAUUUAUCCAUUUGACUCUGUACAGGUGUAUACACCCACACCCCAUAUGUGCCCCCCCCAGUAUCCGUCAUGCCUGGUCUGUGAGCUCUUGAUGGGCAUCCGACCCCCACACUCCCCCCCCCCGACUCCUCAGGAGCCCAUAGAACACCUCUCUGUUCCCCUCCGAGAGGUUACCCUCACCUGGCUCUGGUAAGCAACAGCAACAGAGGACCCCUCACUUGGUGCAUAAAAAAUAUAGUAUAAUAUAUAUUCUAAAUAUGUGCAAAUGGAUACCAAUCCUGCAAAAGCCAAUGUUGAAAACUAAAUGAUGAAGCUAGCUAACUAAAUGAAUGAAGUGACCCAUGUUAUUAGAGGGGUUGCUGUAGUCUUUAUUUUGCUGCUUGACCCUCUUUGGGGCUGUUUUAGCAGCACAGGACCUUCAGGGUGAGAUGAGGUACCAAUGGAAUUGUAAGUAUAAAUGACAGCCUGGGCUAUCUGAUAUCCGUGUGCUGAUGACUGACUGUGUUUUUUUCUAGAACAUUCAAGGCAUAAUACACACCCCCUUCCCCAGUCCCCCCCAACUUCCCCCCCCCCGCAUAUUUAAAGUGAAAGUCAAAUGGUGUGCGUUUGUGUUCAACUCUGAGUGGUCUUUGGCCUGUCUGUGAGAUAUUUGCUUUGUUUUUUUGUUUUUUUUUCUUUCUCGUCUUUCUCUUUUUUUUGUCAUAAUAAAUACUUGUUUGCACUGAA